UUUUACGAGAUCUCGCGUUUCUCCAAGAAGACGCGAGGAGCGUCGGACUGAUCGUAAUUCGCCGGUAUUCGCUUUUAUUCCUCAACCUUCGGGCUCUGGACGCGCACCGGCAGUUGAAACGGCUCCACGAUGUCCGACAGCGACGACAGCGACUUCUCCGACAACCCGAGCGAGCGCAGCAGCGACGGGGAGGCGGAGGAGGGCAACGAGGAGGAGACGGGCAGCCCGGUGGGCAGCGACAAGGUAGCCGAGGAGGAGGGGGAGGACCUGGAGGAGGAGGAGUACGACGAGGAGGAAGAGGAGGAUGACGAUGACCGCCCCAGGAAGAAGCCGAGGCACGGCGGCUUCAUCCUGGACGAAGCCGACGUGGAUGACGAGUACGAGGAUGAGGAAGAUCAGUGGGAGGAAGGAGCGGAAGACAUUCUGGAGAAAGAGGAGGCUGAAGUGUCCAACAUCGACCACGUGGUUCUGGACGAGGACCACUCCGGGUCCAGAAGGCUGCAGAACCUGUGGAGAGACUCCAGAGAGGAGGCGCUGGGCGAGUACUACAUGAGGAAAUACGCCAAGUCCUCCGGAGGAGAGCAUUUCUCCGGUGGGUCUGAGGAGCUCUCUGAUGACAUCACCCAGCAGCAGCUACUUCCUGGUGUCAAGGAUCCCAACCUGUGGACGGUGAAGUGUAAGAUCGGGGAGGAGAGGGUGACGGCCAUCGCCCUGAUGAGGAAGUUCAUCGCCUACCAGUUCACCGACACGCCUCUGCAGAUCAAGUCCGUGGUGGCCCCCGACCACGUCAAAGGGUACAUCUACGUGGAGUCCUACAAGCAGACGCACGUCAAGUCGGCCAUCGAGGGCAUCGGCAACCUGCGCAUGGGCCUGUGGAACCAGCAGAUGGUCCCCAUCAAGGAGAUGACGGACGUGCUGAAGGUCGUCAAGGAGGUCACCAACCUGAAGCCCAAGUCCUGGGUCCGCCUCAAGAGGGGCCUGUACAAGGACGACAUCGCACAGGUGGACUACGUGGAGCCGAGUCAGAACACCAUCUCCCUGAAGAUGAUCCCUCGUAUCGACCUGGACCGCAUCAAGGCCAAGAUGAGCCUGAAGGACUGGUUCUCUAAGAGGAAGAAGUUCAAGCGACCAACUCAACGUCUGUUUGAUGCUGAGAAAAUCAGGUCCCUGGGAGGAGAAGUGAGCCACGAUGGAGACUUCAUGAUCUUUGAGGGGAACCGUUACAGCCGCAAAGGGUUCCUGUUCAAGAGCUUCGCCAUGUCGGCUGUGAUCACAGACGGAGUGAAGCCGACGCUGUCGGAGCUCGAGAAGUUUGAGGACCAGCCGGACGGAAUCGACCUGGAGGUGGUCACCGAGUCAGGUAAGGAGCGUGAGCACAACCUGCAGGCCGGGGACAACGUGGAGGUGUGUGAGGGCGAGCUGAUCAACCUGCAGGGGAAGAUCCUCAGUGUGGACGGCAACAAGAUCACCAUCAUGCCCAAGCACGAGGACCUCAAGGACCCUCUGGAGUUCCCAGCUCACGAGCUGAGGAAGUACUUCCGGAUGGGCGACCACGUGAAGGUGAUCGCCGGCCGCUACGAGGGCGACACCGGCCUCAUCGUCCGGGUGGAGGAGAACUUUGUGAUCCUGUUCUCUGACCUCACCAUGCAUGAGCUGAAGGUUUUGCCCAGGGACCUGCAGCUCUGCUCUGAGACGGCGUCCGGCGUGGACGCGGGGGGGCAGCACGAGUGGGGCGAGCUGGUCCAGCUGGACCCUCAGACCGUGGGGGUCAUCGUGAGGCUGGAGAGGGAGACCUUCCAGGUGCUGAACAUGCACGGGAAGGUGAUGACGGUGCGCCACCAGGCGGUGAACCGCAGGAAGGACAACCGCUUCGCCGUGGCUCUGGACUCCGAGCAGAACAACAUCCACGUCAAGGACAUCGUCAAGGUCAUCGACGGACCGCACUCGGGCCGUGAGGGGGAGAUCCGUCACUUGUUCCGGGGCUUCGCCUUCCUGCACUGCAAGAAGCUGGUGGAGAACGGAGGAAUGUUCGUCUGCAAGACCCGACACCUGGUCCUGGCUGGGGGAUCCAAGCCCAGAGACGUGACCAACUUCACGGUGGGGGGCUUCGCCCCCAUGAGCCCCCGCAUCAGCAGCCCCAUGCACCACGGGGGAGGAGGUUCUCCACGAGGAGGUGGAGGUGGUGGUGGUGGAGGUGGUGGUGGUGGAGGUGGUGGUGGGGGAGGAGGAGGAGGAAUGGGGCGUGGCCGAGGACGAAGAGACAACGAGCUGAUUGGCCAGACGGUCCGCAUCUCCCAGGGUCCCUACAAAGGGUACAUUGGGGUUGUGAAGGACGCCACCGAGUCGACGGCGCGAGUGGAGCUGCACUCCACCUGCCAGACCAUCUCUGUGGACCGGCAGCGCCUGACCACCAUGGGGGCUAAGCGUCCCAGUGGCAUGACCUCGGCUCACAGCCGUACCCCCAUGUACGGCUCUCAGACUCCGAUGUACGGCACCGGCUCCAGAACCCCGAUGUACGGCUCGCAGACCACGGUCAAGAGGUGAGGCAGCGCUCUGUCUGGAAGCCGCACACCUCACUACGGCUCUCAGACCCCGUUGCAUGAUGGGAGCAGGACGCCAGGUCAGAGCGGAGCCUGGGACCCGAGUAACCCCAACACACCUUCCAGGAACGAGGAGGAAUACGACUUUGGCUACGAUGACGAGCCGUCUCCGUCCCCCCAGGGCUACGGGGGGACCCCCAACCCCCAGACCCCGGGUUACCCAGAAGUCCCCUCUCCGCAGGUCAACCCUCAGUACAACCCGCAGACGCCCGGCACGCCGGCCAUGUACAACACAGAGCAGUAUUCCCCCUAUGCGGCCCCGUCCCCUCAGGGCUCCUACCAGCCCAGCCCCAGUCCUCAGAGCUACCACCAGGUGGCGCCCUCGCCAGUCGGCUACCAGAACACGCACUCUCCGGCCAGCUACCACCCCACGCCGUCCCCCAUGGCCUACCAGGCCAGUCCUAGUCCCAGUCCGGUGGGCUACAGCCCCAUGACCCCCGGAGCGCCCUCUCCUGGUGGAUACAACCCUCACACCCCCGGCUCCAACAUCGAGCAGGGCGGCAGCGACUGGGUGACCCCCGACAUCCUGGUGAAGGUCAAGGACUCCUUCAUGGACCUGAUGGGGCAGACGGGGGUCAUCAGGAGCGUCACGGGGGGGAUGUGCUCAGUGUUCAUGCAGGAGUCUGAGAAGGUGGUGAGCAUCAGCAGCGACCACCUGGAGCCCAUCACGCCCACCAAGAACAACAAGGUGAAGGUGAUCCUGGGGGAGGACCGCGAGGCCACCGGCAUCCUGCUGAGCAUCGACGGCGACGACGGCAUCGUCCGCAUGGAGCUGGACGACCAGCUGAAGAUCCUCAACCUCAGGUUCCUGGGACGCCUGGAGCCCUGAGAGCAGGAGGAGCAGCAGGAGGAGCAGGAACAGGAGGAGUCACUCACGUCCUCACAGAGACAGACGUGAGGAGCAGAGACUGUCAUGAGGAAGCUGUGGGAGGAGUUAUGAUGACUAAGCCCCGCCCACUUGGACCCCACAGGACACCUGUCUGCCUCGCCACCCAAUCACAAGCAGCUCUCUCGCUCGCUGUGCGGUCGUUGUAUUUUUUAACUUUUUACGUUCUCGUUCUCCGGGUCUGAAUCUGUUUUUAGUGUUUCUGAAGAACUUUGUUUGUUUUCUUGGUGGAGGAGAAAAAGUGUAACAUGUCAAUAAACUGUGAAGCAGUU